AUGGCCGUCUAUAGAGUGCGAAAGGCGCCCCAGAAAGAAACGCCUAAUUCCUCUCAUAGCACCCCUACACGGGAUCAAGAGGACACCGACAGGAGCACUCCUAGCCCUACCGUCGCUCAAGUUGAAGAGUAUAAGCACGUAUUUGCCACAGGAUUCAAGCUCGUCUCUAUCGUAACAGGCGUCACCAUAUCCUAUUAUCUCCUUUUCCUCAACCUAGCUAUCAUUUCCACCGCGACUCUCUCUAUCACCUCAGAAUUUGACUCGUUGACGGAUAUGGCAUUUCAACCGUUGAGUGGCAAGAUCUACAGAUACUUUCCCUUAAGCUGGUCCUUUAUCGCCUUCUUCUUCGUCUUUGAGCUCGGAUCGGCCAUAUGCGGCGCGGCACGGUCGUCGAAUAUGUUCAUUGUGGGCCGCGCGAUCGCUGGUCUAGGUUCCUCAGGCUUAUUUACUGGCACCAUCACCAUUACCUCUAACACCCUCCCGCUACAGAGACGACCGCUGGUGAUGGGAAUAAACAUGGGCAUUGGCCAGUUGGGUCUUGCGUGUGGUCCUAUUCUCGGAGAGGCGACCGUCAAGCCCCAUUGGCGCGAUGUUCUCAGUACAGCCAUCAAGUCGCUGGACCUCACUGGAUUUGCCCUUAUUAGUCCUGCUGCUACUAUGUUUUUGUUAGCUCUCGAGUACGGCGGGAACCAAUACGCCUGGAACAGCUCGGUCGUAGUUUUUGUUAGCAUGGGCAGCCCUCUUGUAGCCGACUUUUAUCUUGCUAUUUUCUUUCAAGCAAUUCAAAAUGAUUCGGCUCUGAUGAGUGACGUGCAUAUGCUUCCGAUGACGCUUGGCAUGGUACUGUUCACCAUGUUUACCGGCGCCAUAACCCAAGUCACUGGCUACUAUCUUCCGUGGGUUCUUGCGGGCAGCUGUAUCUCAGCCAUUGGAUACGGACUCCUGUCGACAUUGAAUUCUACGACCUCUACUGCGCGCUGGGUCGGCUACCAGAUCCUCUACAGCGCUGGCAGUGGUAUAGGAAACUCGGGUGUAAGUUGCUUUGCCUUAUCAUAUUCAUGUCCUGCUUUGUCCAGACCUAACCUACCUCGUCAUCCCUGGGCGUACAUCACCAUCCAAAACCUCGUCCAUCUGAAACAGAUCCCUACGGCCAUUGCUAUCGUCAUAUUCACUCAAAACCUAGGCGGCGCCACCUGGAUCGUUGUCGCCAAUUCCAUCUUCAAUAACAGCCUCCGGAAGCAGCUGUCGCGGCGUGCUUCACGCUUCGGCCUCGACCCAGACGUUAUUGUCGACACCGGCGCCAGCUCCCUGCGAAACCUGAGCCUGUCCGCCUCCCAACUGGCCGCGGUGCUGGAAUCCUACGGCACCAGUAUUGAUCAUGCCAUGUAUCUUGGAAUCGCUGUGGCCGGUGGCAUGCUACUCUCCGCUUGGGGCCUAGGCUUCGAGAACGUUCUGGAGAUAAAGAGACUCAAGGAACUUACCAAUGAUAAUAACAAGAGAGAAGCAGAGCCAGCGCCGGAGGACCAGGCUACAGAGAAGCGGGUAGUCUAAAGUGCGAGGCCGAGGGGCGGUGAUAACCGGCUAUCAUAUGUAUUUGUUGCUGAUCUUUGUCUUUGUCGUUGUUUAGAUUUCCCUCCCCUAGUGAGGUUUAUUUAGAUAUUAUUAAAUUGUUAGGAGGUAUAGAUGAGACUGACGAGGUACCUUCAGCACUGCAUAUAGGUUCCAAUAGACCAUUCAUGACCAAAAGUGACAC